CUUCGGAAAGUAAAUAAAAAAAAAUAAAAAGGAAAAGAAUAUGAUUAGCGUAGAGAGAAGAACAAAACCCAAAACCCUAGGAAAACAGUGGUGUGAAUUUAACAGGUGAUCCAUUCAGAUUGGUAAGAAGAGAAGAGAGUGCGAGAGAAAAUGGUGGUGAGGAUCAGAUUGUCGAGGUUCGGAUGCAAAAACAAGCCAUUUUACAGGGUGAUGGCCGCCAAUAGCAGAUCCCCAAGGGAUGGCAAGCAUCUCGAAGUCCUUGGUUACUAUAAUCCUUUGCCAGGUCAAGAUGGGGGUAAACGAAUGGGUCUUAACUUUGAGAGGGUGAAGUACUGGUUAUCAGUUGGUGCGCAGCCUUCAGAGCCAGUCCAACGCAUUCUUUUUAGAGCUGGAUUAUUGCCUCCACCACCAAUGGUGGCUAUGGGACGCAAGGGUGGACCACGUGACACGUGUCCUGUUGAUCCUCUGACAGGGCGUGUUUUGAGUGCGGAGAAGCCAGCUACUGCUAGCCAACAAAAUGGUGGUAAAGAUGAGGCUGCAAAUGGAGCAACUUCCGCCUGAAAUUGUAAUCUAUCCCACAAUGCUCCUUAUUCUGCAGUUUCUGAGGCUUAGAUCAAGGUUAGGGAUGGUGCUCACAAAAGUGGAUAUAGUGGAUCACUGGAAGUGCUGUUAUCUUGAAAGUAACAUUUGCCUUCCAUUGAAGAAGCAUCUUAUGUUCAGGAUAGUGAUUUCAGUGCCAUGCAUAGAAGGUGUAUGAAACUUGAUUCCAUGACAACUAAUUGGAUUCUGCAUUCCCUUCAGGUUGUUGAAUGAAUUUCAUGCAUGAUUUAAAUGUUGGUCUUUACUUAAAUAAUUAGGGGUCUAUGUUGAAACUA